GAGUGGUGAAAAAAAGCCCUAAAUUGUAAUGCCCUGUGAAUUGGACUGCCGUAAGUGAGACGACCAUCGAACAGAUCGAACAUAGCUACAGCUUACAAUUUACAUCUAUGUAUGUAACGUGUCGGCUCGGGGACCUGAGCGCCUAGAACGUAGUGUCUAUAAACAAGUUUCUAUUAUUUUAUGUAACUCAAUAUUAAACGUAUCACUCAAUAUAACUAUUUAAUCAACAUGAGAAAUUUUUUUUUCAUCUCAAAUGGAAUCAUUUUAAUUUUCGUCCUUCGACAGGUUAUUGGACAAAGACCAUACGCUGGUGCAGUACAUUACAUGGAACCUGGUGAUUCUGUAGAAAAUAAUGAACCAGGAUUAAAAAUAUUUUGUCAUAAUGCUAAGUCAAAAUACCUAAGUCACAUUUGGAGAACAAUCAUGAUGAGUUUACAUACUGAUUUAGACAAUUAUGAACUUUAUGAUGGAAAAUCAUCCACUGAAGUAAUAGAAAAGCAUGAUAUUAAUCAACGUUCCUGGAGAUUUAAUUGGUUUGGAAUAAAAAAAAAUAAACAAUUUCAUAUCAAUUUAUUUGAAGACACAUGCAUUGGAAUUUAUACUCCUCCAUAUAAUAACUAUAAUUACAAAAUGUCGAUGACAUUAACUGUCCUUGAUUUGUUAAAAGUUUCAUUGGCAUUAUCUGGAACAAUUAUUUUUUGGGCUAGUAAAAAACUAAGCAGAAAUACAUUAUUCUAUUACGCUACUGGAAUCACAUUAGGAGUGACAUUUUCAAUCUUAAUACUCAUUUGGUUUGCUUCCAAAUUUUUCGGAAGGGGAAAAACAAUGUAUGUGAUUGCAAGUAUCGGAUGGGCAUUUAGCUCUUGGGUUUUAAAUGGUCUCUGGCAGAAUGCACAAUUUAUUUUACAACAAUACAAAGAAUAUGUAAUUUGGUAUUUAAUAGUAUCAUCAGUAAUAAGUUUCAUUAUUUGUUAUCGGAUUGGACCAAUAACGAAUUCAAGAACAAAACAUAUUAUUCAGUGGGCCCUACAAGGAUUAGGACUUGCGAUGAUUUACUAUAGUAGUCACUUUCACGAAGCUUCGCUGUCGAUUUGUGUUUUAUUACUUUUUGUGUAUAAUUUUCCAAUGAUAGCAUUUCACAAAAGCAAAAAAUAUUGGUAAGUACUUAAUAUUUGUAUAAUCAACAAACAAAAAAAAAAAAAAAACCAA